AAAACCCACCUGCGGCUCCACUCCGGAGAGAAGCCUUACCAGUGCAAGCUCUGCCCGGCCAAAUUCACCCAGUUUGUGCACCUCAAGCUGCACAAGCGUCUCCACACGCGGGAGCGUCCCCAUAAAUGCAUCCACUGCCACAAGACCUACAUUCACCUCUGCAGCCUCCAGGUCCACCUGAAGGGCAACUGCCCCGUCGCCCCCGCCUCCGGGCUCUCCGUGGAGGACCUGAACCGGAUCAACGAGGAGAUCGACAAGUUCGACAUCAGCGACAACGCCGACAAGCUGGAAGAGGUGGAGGACAACAUCGACCUAACGGCGAUCGUGGAGAAGGAUAUACUGACCAUGCUCAGGAGGGAAAUGGAAGGAGCCAACCUGAAGGUAUCUCUGCAGAGGAACCUGGGAAACGGACUCAUCUCCUCAGGAUGCCACCCUUACGAGUCGUCGGAUGCGGCGGUUCUGAAGUUGCCUCACGCUCACCCGCUACCUCUGCUACCUGUCAAGGUCAAGCAAGAAACAGUUGAACCAAUGGACCCUUAAGACUUUCCGGCAAAGUGAUUUUCCUUUCUAUUUAUGACUUGGCAAGUCAGGGUGCCUGUAGCAGUCGCUUGUACGUAGUUUCGAUGCUGCAAAGCAGUCUUGGCU